ACCGAGAGCGAUAGAGUGAGAUCAGAGAAAUCGGCGGCGGUGCGGCGGCGUAAGAGUCGGGGAAACAAGACGGGGAGCCGGCGACUGAGUCUUCCGGCGAUGAUUCGCCGACGGCGACAGAGGUGUUCUGAAUCUUCUCCGGUAAACUUCCGGUAUAACCCCCAUCAUUUCCUUUUAUUUCUUGAAGAAUGAGGAUGAAGAUGAUAUUGUUUGUUGCCGACCAAUUUCCGGUUCCGAUUUGUUCAGCUGGUUCGUUUCACUCGUGGUUCAGGAUUGAUUCAGAUUUCAGGAUGGUGCAGCUUUCGGGUUCCGGGUUUGGUCCGACGGGUUUCAUUGUUAGGAGCUCACGGGUGACGUCUCGGGUUCGGUCAAACAUCGGUCAACAGAUCAGUUCGGGUCAACGGCUCGGGUCAACAGUGGUCAAGUUUCUUUCGAGUCAGGCGGCUCGGUCAGAUUCAGCUUCGGUUCGGUUGACUCGGUCAAACCGAGUCAACCCGGUCAAACCGAGUCAACCCGGUCAAACUCAGUCAACAUAGCAAGUCAACUCAGCGGGUCAACCCGGUUGACUCGGUCAGCUCAGUAAACCCUUUUCGGCGUUUCGACACGAAGACUUGGUAAAAGUUAACGACAUGUUUAC